UUUCUGUUUUCAGGUUAUUUUGUGAUCGAAGUUACGCAAAAUAGCGGUUUGUUUACAAGCCGCGAUGCGUGGCCUGUCGUUCAGCGUCCUUCGCCGGUGCCGCAGCCGCCUGUGGUGCCCGGCAUCCCGCGCGUUAUGCUCGCAGCCGAAGCCGGUCGCCAGUACCUUGCCUGUUGCCGACCCCAAGCUCAUUGAGGUGCACUCCACCUGGCCGCCCGACGAGCAGCCGGAGCUCCGAGCGGCGACCGUCCAGGGCAUGCAGGUGCUGCCGGACUUCGUCUCGGAGGCCGAGGAGGGGAUGCUACUUGCCGAGCUGGAGCCCAUGCUCAAGAGGAUCCGAUAUGAGUACGACCAUUGGGAUAAUGCGAUCAUAGGUUUCCGCGAGACAGAACGUAGGGCAUGGAGCCCGAGCAACGAGGCCGUCAUCUCGCGUAUCCGCAGCGUUUUCCCCCGGAGCGGGGCGGACUCGGAACUGCUGCCGGCGGCCCAUGUGCUCGACCUGGCCGCCGCUGGGUAUAUCAAGCCCCAUAUCGACGCUGUACGGUUCUGCGGCGGAAUGAUAGCAGGCCUGUGUCUCCUGUCCGACGCCGUGAUGCGACUACAGCACGAGACGCAUAAGCAUCUCGGCUUAGACGCCUUGCUGCAGCGCCGGGCGCUGUAUAUUAUGAGCGGCGUGUCUCGCUACUCGUACACGCACGCGGUGCUGGGCGGCGAAGAGAGCGCGUGGCGCGGGGAGAGGCUGCAGCGGCGCCGGCGCGUGGCGCUCAUCCUGCGCAGCCAGCCCCGGCCAGAUCGAAACUGACAACCCUGAAGAUUCUGUCCGGAUGAAUCCGCCCUGUAAACCACCAACGGAUCUGCAGCUGACGUCCGCGAGGGUUCUUCAAAAACGCAGUAUCAGAACUGUUUGAGAAAUAUGUCUGGGUCAGAUGUAGACAUCACUCACUAGUUUUUCAAAUAAACCUACAUGCUAGUCCUACCUAACGUACUCAAUAAAGACCAA